AUGGAUAAUAUCUUGAAUUUUCGUGAUGUUGGCAAAGCGAUUCAAGAGAUUUGUAGGAUGAAUGGAGAGAAAACUGAAAAUAUCAUGAAAUCUGGUAUAUUAUUUCGAGGAGCGAAACCGGAUGACGCAUCCGACCACGAUAUCAAACGUCUUUUAGCUCACGAUAUUCGUACUAUAAUCGAUUUACGUUCUGGGUACGAAAAUACCAAAUCAGAUUUAUUAGCAUCUACAUUUCCUUUACAAGAGGUCAAUAGUAUUGAUUCUGAAGAAAAACCUUUUCGAAAAACCAUCAAAUUAAAUUUGAAUGGAAGAACAUACGAAAAAUUGGUUUUAUCUUAUGCUACUCGGACUAUUACAUUGUAA